AUGGGGGGAUGUGGAUCAAGGGACAAGGAAAUUAAAGAGAAAAUUGGAUUCUCCUAAACUGAUUAUGACCAUGCGAUCAAACGGUUUUCUAAAUUGACUCAGUAGAAAUAUGGGUAUUUAAAAUUUUUAUUAAAGGAAAACAGAUCAAUAUUUUAGUUUGAAGGAUUAAAAUGUACUUUACUGA